AGACUUGUGCGCUCUGACAGGGUGAUCGUUGUCAUGCAUCUCUGUGUUGCCUUGCUUUUCGCACUGAUCUUCUUCCUCGGUGGAGUCAACCGAACAGAAAGCAGGGGCGCAUGCGUUGCUAUUGCAGCUGCCAUCCAGUACUUCUUCUGGCCAUGUUCUUCAUGAUGUUGCUGAUUGGCCUUGAGAUUUUAAUUUGCGUCGUGCGCGUGUUUAUGACCAAGUUUAGAACCAAGGUCCUCGUGCCACUUGCAUGGAUCAUUCCAGGCAUAAUUGUUGGUGUUUCGCUUGGCGUUUCAAAGACACAGGGUUAUGGAAAUAGUACAUUUUGCUGGUUGGACAUCUCCUCCGGACUUAUUUGGUCGUUUGUGGGACCGGCGUUGUUCAUCAUUUGUGUUAAUAUAUUAGUAGUGAUCGUGGUAUUGAAACGCAUGUCGUCGUUAGCCGCAAUGAAAACCAAGACUAAAACAGAAAAACUCAAGACGGGUUUGUACAGUCUAUGCGUGCUUUUGCCCGUGGUGGGCCUCACGUGGGUGUUCGGUGUUUUGGCAAUCAAUGACGACAUGUGGAUAUUUCAGUAUAUCUUCGCAAUACUGAAUGGUCUUCAGGGCUUCUUCAUAUUUCUCUUCUAUUGUGUUCUGAAUAGACAGGUUCGAGACGCUCUAAGAAGACGGCAAGACCGGAAGCGCAGUCUUCAGACUCUGAGCUCUGAUUUGCGGAAACAGUCGCACAGUGCCUCUCAAGAAAAACGAAAAAAUAGCAAGACCCCUGAGCAACCGGUGGCGGAUGCUCAAGACGACAGCUGGAUGCGCGGUGAGCGUCGCCAGUAUCACAGGAACAUCCGGUUGACCAAGCAGCGACGCCUGUCGCACCUUUAGACACACUUGCAUGUCUUUGCAAACAUGUUCAACUCGAAAAUUCAAGUAUAUUGAAAGCCGUGCAUUCGAACGUUGCUUUACGGUUUUUAUGGUUGAAUAUAUAUUUUAUUGAAAGUCAGACAUUUUAAAUAAAAUUGCUAUGCGAUUCAUACGUGUAUACAUCAAAUGUAUCAUGUGCUGUGUUCGUGAUAUUCAUAAGACAAUGU